AUGUUUCGAAGAUCGCGCGCCCCGUCUACUCCGACGACUCCGGCAUCCCCGAGCACCGGACAGGAGGGCAACGACAAUGAGAUUUCUGACAACUAUGAAGUUGUGCAGACUCCUUCCGGCUCCAAUCCGAAUUCGCUUCCCUCCUCUUCGUCGGAUGCUGGUAGACCUGCUGCGACUCGUCGUGAAUCGAGGAGACGUCAUUCACAGCCGAGUCCUCCAACACCAGGUGUAACUCCUCCCCCACACGUUCGUCAGGCAUCUUCUCGAGACGAUUGGUAUCCUUCCUGGCUCCCGCGACGUCCACCCCCACCUGCACCAGCUUCCACUGUUCCCUCCGAGAGGGGUCACGGUCACUCACCUAUCCCGUUCAUGUCUUCUCCAUCGAAUGCCGGGACGACCCGUGGUGGUCGUCCCAUGGCCAGCGGUGCUCACAGGAUGACACCCAGUUACGACACUGGAUACACGGGAUACACUGGUACUGGUGAGAGCGGCGAGUACGUCGACAUUGGCGAGUAUGAUUUCGAUCCUGCACUCGCAGAGAGCGAGGGCACCGAAGAGCGCGUUGGAAUCGGUCGGCGACAGACUCCGCGCUCUGUGCGUAUCAUCUCAGAAGCAACAGCAGCGGCCGCCGCUUCGCGUAGGCAAUCGGCUUCCAGGCAUUCGCGACGCUUGUCAAGCAGCGGUGUCCAACAGCAGGUUCGAUCACGAAAGGAAGGCCGCGCGGGUCACGUGCAUGGCUCGGGACCGAAACCUUGGUGGCGAGGAACAGUUUCUACGCCGCUGAGUCCGACCGUUGUGUCGCCCUCACCGUUCCCAGGUGCACUGGGACCGAUGACGACGGAUGUACCCCCGCCCUCCGCACCUGCACAUAUGCGUGCAUAUCUCCCGCAUCCGGGUAUGCCGGGCGUGGGUGGGUAUAAUGUAGUUGGAUCUGUACCGCUACGACCGCGGUUCCGCGCUCCGGGACUCGAUCUGGGAUUCUUGAGUAACCCGAGUGCGUUGAACAGGUUACGGUAUAUUUUAUGGCCGAUCUGGGUAUAUGGCCUUGUUGUGCUUCAAUCGUUCCUUGACCUCAAUGCCAUAUAUUGUCUCGUCCAGCUGGCCCUCCACCCGACUCCUGCAUCUCCACCCUCAAGUUCGUCCAAUAACUCUAAUCCAAGCUCAAGCAGGAACUGGGCUUUGGGCGCUGCGGGGUACGGAGUCUGCUGGCUCUUCUGGAUAGUCGGUAUCAUAUUUAUCUAUGAGGUCGUCUAUUGCUGGUGGAGACGCUGGCGCUGCAAACGUCCUCUCAUGAUCCCACUCUACCUGUCUGCUCCGGCGUAUAACAUCGUGUGCAUGACGUCCUUCGUGAACUUUUGCUUUUUUCGAUACAUCCGGUCUUCCGCGCGUCCGAGGCUUCCCGUCCCUCGAUUCCUGAGGCCAUGUGGUUCUUCGACGUCUGGGUCGACUAUUCCGUCCAGGGCGGUCACGCCAAGUGCCAUGUCCGUCGCAACUGAAGCAAGGCCUUCUCAACAGCAGGAGAGGGAGACUUUUAUUAGUCCCACUACGGCGGAAGGAAAGGAGAAUGUGCCUAUGGUCAUUCCUUCGACUACUGCACGUAGUCCGAUUCUCGAGUCGAUGUCUUCAUUGGCUUCGUGGGGUGACUGGUUCGCCGAGACCUGCUACUUCUAUGGACAGAACCUCCCGACUGUUGCGCUACUCCUCCCGCGUGCGGCUUUGUGUGUUGCGAUACUGCUUGCGUUCACCUCUUCCCAGCCGGAGGAUAGGGCUCUGGGAGCUUUAGGCUUGAUGAAGCGUGACCAGACUUUCUUCCGUCCAGAUGGUUCGCUUUCGGGAUAUGCGAGAGGUGUGCUCCUGGCGAAUGUUGCGUGGGCGGCCUGGCGGGUUGUGAUUCUGUUGAUCAGCUGGGUUGGCUUGUGGUUGAUGAGCGGCCAAUUGUGUGCUGGUGUGUGUGGACCGCGAUUUCGAUGGGAAGAACCGGAGGAAAGGCCUGGUUAUGCGAAAGGUCUGGAUGAAGAGCAGUUCGAGGAGGCGCAGGGUGUGUUGUCGACGUGGACUUGGAGAGCAUGUACUCGUGCGCGAGUGUACGACGCGUAUGACUUGUGUCUCUUCCUUCCGCCACCGUCGACAAAGGCUGCGGAGAAAGCACGAGAUGUGUCGACUGAGAAGUCAGCACGGAGAGCUGGUGGAGUGAUGGAUGAAAGUGAGGAAGAUGCAGUGCUUGAUCGCGUUCUGGCUGCGGCUGGGUUACCGAAGGCUCCACCUCCUGCUCGACGAGGCAUGUUGCGUGGCGAGUUGUUCAAUACGCCGCCAGAGUUGAGGAGAGAGUUGUCGGAGGAGGCGGUUGUUCAGGAGAUCACUAUUAGCUCACCGAAGCCACCUGGAACGAGGGAGGGAUCGAGUAGGUCGAGUCGGGAACGUCCGCCGUCAAACAUGAAGCCUUAUCCGUUUACGACGUAUCCGGCUCGUCAAGGUUCACAAGACAUGGGAACGCCUUCUCAAGUGAAGAUUCCGUUCCCGCCGAGUCCGAGAACGAGUAAGCACAGUGAUAGGGAGGGGAGUGGACAUGAAGCAGAGGAGGAAGGAGAGGAGGAAGAGGAAGACGUUGAAGAAGAAGGGGAGGAAGAUAUUGAAGUUGGAGAAGGAUACGAUGAGUUUGGGUUGAACGUUGAGGAGCCAUCAUCUGGACGUAACUCUGCAUCGAUGAGUAGUCUUGGACAGCAGAUUCCGAGUCGGUUCCCCUUCCAGUUCAGGCAUAUUUCACGUCGCUCAAGAGGAGGAAGGUCGUCCGUUGGAACCCAGCAGUCGCGGAGCAACUCGAAUAAAACGAGCUCGGCAUCGUAUGGUGCCAGUCAUGCGUCGAGAACAAUUAGCUCGUCCGAUAGGCGACAAAGUCAGGUUUCGGAUAGCCCUUGGAGUCAGAGUCAAAGAAGUCCUGAGGCAAGUGCGGCUCAAUCACCAGUUAGUCCUCACGAAGGCGCGACGUCAAGUUCGAGCUAUGGUUCUCCUAUCAGUGGUCAUCUCGGAGGCCAGAGUGUUAUCCCGAUGCCACCCCGCACUGCGCGUAAAACGAGGCAACAGCGGGCAAGUCUGCCAACCCUGCCUGUAUCGGCGAUUCCGGCCGGAUUUUCCGGCGCCCGUGAUCGUUCAAGGACAUUGAGCGGAGGUACUCAGGCUUCUUCGGGUCUCAACCUCACCCCACAUCCUCAGUAUGAGAGCAGCGGCGGAGAAGAGUCCGAACACGAGCAAGGCACCUCGCGUGAGUUCGGCAUGCUGACAGACCCUGAAGCAGACGGUAGCCAGGAGGAAGCUGAAAGGGAAGACAGUGUCGGUCUUCUCUCGGGUGGCCCUUCGCCGCGAUCUUCGCUCGGGAUGCUAAGAAGCCGGAGUAACCUUUCAUUAACGAACUUGAACCUUGGAAUCCCGCACUCGAGGAGAAGCAGGCACAGCUCGGCGUCUUCUGUCAGUCAUAGUCAUAGCCGGAGCAGUCGAGGUUCGAGGUCUGUCUCGUUUACCGGAUCGGGUUCGCAGGGUGCGUCGGCGCGUUCGAGGAGUAUUUCGACGCAGGCACGUUCGCGUGCGCAGUCUUUGGUACAGGGAACCGUUGGUGCGGCCAGUCAUUCGAAUGGCGAGUUCGCUUGCGAGACUGUCGGAAGUGCCCUCUGUGCAUCGUCGGUCGAGCGAAUCGCAAACGCGUUCCGAGUCGUUCUCGGGAUCGGGAGGUUCGAACGCGAUCUCGCCAUCCCAGCAUCGCGAGGAUCGGGAUCGGGAAGGCAAGGAUCGUCACCGCGUGAACUGUCGCCACACUCGAGGCGAAUGUCACGGCAGGAGGCGACGAUAGUGCCUGAGACUGCACGAGAAUUGCAAUCUCAGGUUUCUGGUGUUGCGCCCACCGAACAGUCGCAACAAACGACCGCUCCGGCUUCUUCAUCUCUUCCGAUCCCGGAGACGAACGGUAUUUCGAGACCCUCGCAAGGUGGAGCUGGAGCACCAUCUUUAAUUAGCUCGGCAGACGACACAUUAAUCGCACAUCCGACGUCGCAGGAAGAAGGCUCGUCUGACACUGCUGUAUGA